AUGAAGGGUUACAAGUAUUGUUUGUGUUAUUUACAGCUCGCCAGUUUUCUCACCAAGUGUCACAUGUCCCUUUUUUGUCCCGGCUAUUAUUUCUUCCCACUAAUUGCUGGAUACAAUACAGGUGCUGAAAUUACCAGUCCUCAUUUAAAGGUGGGGGGACAUGAAAAAAAUAAUGUUCUCGAAAUUCCGUUCAAAGAUGCCCCUCGAGGAGUUGAACUUGUGAGGGCGAUGAUUGAGGGUGCGGCGCCGCUACCGACUGAGCCACGCGGGCAAAGAGAAAGCGCACGCCCGAUUGCAUACAUAAAGGCGAGGACGACAGAUACAAAUCCCCCCAAUCGUUUCUUGAAAAAGGGAUGUAUAUUAUUGACCCACAUUUUCCCAUUUGCCACGUCAUUUGCAAUGUGGAAGUCGAAAUUGACCUACCAGCAAAAAUACGGUUUAACACUGGGAGUUGACACGAUGGUGAUUCUUCAAAAACACCAAAAAUCGAUGUCCCGCCAAAUGUACCAAAUACACAAAACGGCACUUUUCAGUUUAUUAAUGCAAUUGCUCAUACCUGGAAUGUUGAUAGUUGUACCUUUAUCUGUUUGUAUGUUUGUUGUGGUUACAGGAGCAAUCGGACUGCAAGAGCUGGCAAUGGACACAAUGUUCCUUGUGGGAUCUCACUCGAUGUGUUCUUGCGCCGUGAUGAUUUUGAGCAAUCCGAAGUAUCGGAAAUUUGUGAAGGAGAAGAUAUUGAGAUUGAAAGUGUGGGAUAAGAAAAUAUCUAUGGAGCAGAUACACCGAGGAAAUGGUUUAUUUAUAGUUCAAGGAGCAUGCUUCCAGCAGCGAGUGGUUUCGAUCCACCGACCUCUGGGUUAUGGGCCCAGCACGCUUCCACUGCGCCACGCUGCUGACAAGAGACAGUUGGGAGGGAGGAAGUAUAUGUGGGGGAGUGAAAACUCAAUUACAAACGAAAAACGGUUACUGUAG